AUGUCUGUUCCAAAUCAACAGUAUCCAACUAUUGUUAAUCCUCCACCUCCAGAAUAUAUCAAUCCUAAAAAAACUGGCUGUUUAACAAAUCAACUUCAAUAUUUACAGAGGGUGGUCAUGAAAGCUAUGUGGAGACACAACUUUUCCUGGCCAUUUCACCAGCCUGUAGAUGCUGCAGCACUAAACCUUCCUGAUUAUUAUAAUAUUAUUAAGAAACCCAUGGACUUGAGCACAAUUAAAAAGCGUUUGGAACAUAAUUAUUAUACAAAAGCUACAGACUGCAUUGAAGACUUUAAAACUAUGUUCACGAACUGCUAUGUGUAUAACAAGCCAGGCGAUGACAUUGUUUUUAUGGCACAAGAGCUAGAAAAAGUAUUUCUGCAGAAAGUGGCACAAAUGCCUCCAGAAGAGAGAAUAGUUAUUGUCAACAAAGGGAAAAGAAAAGGGAAGAAACAAGAAGGAGCUCUGCUGCCUGAUUCAGGAGUUUGUACCACUAAGCAAAAUCAACUGCAGAAGCAACUUGAAAGCAUUGUUAAGCAGCCUCACGUGAUGACUCCAGUACCGCAGCAGCUUGUGCUAGCCCCUCUGUCAAUGGCUCAAUCGACUACCUUCAUGUCAGCCACACUACCUAUAAUAAAAGUUAAAAAGGGUGUGAAAAGGAAGGCUGAUACUACUACUACAAUAUCCACAGCAAGCUGUGAAUCUUCUCCAGCACUUAAUGAACCAAAAAUUGCUAAAAUAUCAUGUAGAGGAGACAGUGAACAUAGUGUACCAGACAGUUAUCUAAAGAAAGACUUGCCAGAUUCUCAACAGCCACUUGAAGUUGUCAAAAAUGUUCAAUUAUCAGAACAACUAAAGCAUUGUAGUGAAAUCCUUAAAGAAAUGUUUGCAAAGAAACAUGCAUCAUAUGCUUGGCCUUUCUAUAACCCUGUAGACAUUAGAGCUUUGGGGCUCAAUGACCACCAUGAUACCAUGAAAUGCCCUAUAGACCUUGGAACUAUUAAGAAGAAAAUGGAUAACUAUGAAUAUAAAGAUACACAAGAGUUUGCUGCAGAUAUUAGAUUAAUGUUUAUGAAUUGCUACAAAUACAACUCUCCAGACCAUGAAGUGGUUGCUAUGGCAAGAAAACUGCAGGAUAUCUUUGAGAUGCAAUUUGCCAAAAUUCCAGAUGAACCGUCACAGCCCAAAACAGAAAUAGCAAGUGCUUUUUCUAGUGAAAGCAGCAGUGAUGACUCCUCUGAAGAAAGAUCAUCUGAAGAUUCAGAAGAGGAAAGAACACGAAACCUUGUAAAGCUUCAGGAGCAACUUAAAGCUGUUCAUCAGCAGUUGCGGGCUUUGGCCAAAACCUCCUUGCCCAAGCUGAGGAAGAAAAAAGGAAAGCCUAAAAAGGGGAAGAGAGGCAAAGAAAAAUCCAAACACACACAUGUGAAUCAAAAGAAGAAAAAGUUAAAGCAAAAAAAGAAAUUGAAGAAAAAACUGUCUUUAAAUAUUAAGUCAAAGAAAACAAAGCAGCAAGUCUCAUUGGCACGUAAAUCAGAAGAUGAGGAUAGUGCCAAGCCUAUGAAUUAUGAUGAAAAAAGGCAGUUGAGUUUGGACAUAAAUAAACUUCCUGGAGAUAAGCUUGGAAAAGUAGUAUAUAUAAUACAGUCAAGAGAGCCUUCACUGAGAAACUCUAAUCCUGAUGAGAUAGAAAUAGACUUUGAAACUUUAAAAGCAUCAACACUUAGAGAACUAGAGAAAUACGUGAUGGCUUGUUUAAGGAAAAGACCAAGAAAACAUGCUAAGAAACCAGACAAGUCAAAAGAAGAACUUAAUUUUGAGAAAAAACAAGAGUUGGAAAAGAGGCUGCUGGAUGUCAAUGGGCAGUUAAACCCUAAAAAGCAAAACACCAAACCUGAAAAUAACACUAUGCCAAAGAUUAUUGGUGGACCAAGGCGACUGAGUGAGAGUAGCAGCAGCAGCAGCUGCUCCUCAGACUCUAGCAGCAGCAGCACUAGCAGUGAUUCUAGCUCUUCAGAUACCAAUGACUCUGAAUCAGAAAUAGGCUCAAAAUCAAGUGGAACCAGACAGAAUGGUGUGACUUCUAAAGAACAAAUGGAGCAGGUACCACUGUCUUUACAAAAGACAUCCUGCAGUGCUCUUCCUGAAGUGCAGACCUCAUUUUCUUUUACUAGUAGCUUGCAAAAUCAAAGAUCAUCAGAAACACAGCCUUCUCAUAAAAUACUACAGUGGCCUCAGCUUUUGCAACGUAGUCCACUUAAACUACCUGAACAAAGCAUGCUAUCUCCUUCAGGUAUAAUCACAGUUAUAUCUCCACUGCACUCCACACCAGUACAGCAAAGGCCUCAAAAUAUUCCAAAGACAUGCCAGCCUUUUGUCAGCCAGCCUACUCACAUUGCCACAGAGGCAUCCAGUUCAUCUUCCCAGGAUAUUCCAAUGAGUGAUGGCAAAGAAUCUGGAAAAUUAAAUAUUCUUGAAAACAAUGUUUCUGGGGGAGUUGCUGGCUCAAAAUCCAUAAAUCAAGAACAAAGUCAUUCUGAGAGCACUGAUGAUAAAAACACACUAGAUCCUACACUUCAAAUUCUUCCUAAAAAGGACAUCAGAAUUAAGAAUGCAGACUCCUGGAUAAAUUUAUGUAAAAAGAUGGCACUUCCAGUUCCCAUAAAGGCAUCUCCGGAGAACUUCAAACAGUUCAGGAAAGCAGCACUAGAAAAGGAAGAAACUGAGCGAGCACAAGAGUUAAAGAGACAACUGGAACAAGCCAAGAGGAAAGGGAAAAACCCCUCUCAAGAAAAAGAGAGGGCCCAUGAAGGAGCAGAACUGGAACCCACUGGAAUGAAAGCCAAUGAAGAGCCACAAAAAGAGAGGCCAAACAGCGAACAGCAACAACCACCUGAGGUUCAACAAAAUAUCCAGAAAGGUCUUGUCAAAGACCGUAACCUGGCUAGAAAAAUGGAGCAAGAGCGCAGGCGGAGAGAAGCUAUGACUGGUACCAUUGACAUGAACCUGCAGAGUGAUAUAAUGGCAACUUUUGAAGAAAAUCUUUAGUGGAAUUUUGGACACUGGAAAAAGUUGCA